AUGGCUGAACUAAUAAAACCUCCUCGUAUGUUCACUCCAAACGAGUGGCUCUGUGCAAAUAAAAAUAAAUAUGGGAUGGCUAACUCUACAAGAGAAUUGGCACAGGGCUUAAAUGCUGAGUGUGAUCGAGCUAUAGAUGAAGUCAAAAAACGCACAGAGAAAACGAUGAAUGAUGUCGACAAAAAAUUAGAUCAGAGACUUGAUGACGUUGCAUAUUGGCGGGGCGAAUUGGAUAAAAAGCUACAAGACAACGCCGAGGAAUCAAAAAAACUCCGGGAAUGUAUUGUGAGACUUCAGAAAGCCUUAGCUGCCACAUGUGAACCACUUCACAUAACUAAUCAGUGUCUACUCGUUAGAGACGAACGAAAGGGUAUUGAUCUAGUGGCAGAUGAUGUGCACAAAAAUCUUCUUCGUGAAGUUGAAACGAUAAAAGGAGUCCAAUCUUUGCUAUCACGUACCAUAGAGCAAGCAACCGAGCAAUACAGACUCAAUCAAAAGUCAGCCUUUAACCUUAAAAAAGAUCACGUUGGGAAGCAGAGUGCUUUCAACUUGGACGAAUAUGGAAGGACGGUCUCCUCAUAUGCUGAGAAUAUCCCCGAUGCAAAAAAAGAAUCUCCCGAUUUUGCCCCAUCUUUUAGUCCCGCAGAGUGGCAAACAUUCACUCAAAACAACCUCGAGAUGGCCGAUAAACAGCUCCAGAAUUCUCAUCAAAUGCGAAACCUUAUAGAAGGCAUUCUAAUUCAAGUUGCUGAAGAUCAGAAGAAGCAGGUCGCUGAUACUAAUUGGGCACUCAAAAAGCGAAUUACAGAAGUUAGAGAUGCAAAAGGCAAAUUGGAAGAACAUCUUGCACUAACACUGAAAGAGAUAUCAGAUAUGGAGGACAAUAUCACAGAAUUGAAGAGUGCGAUUCGUGCCCUAAGCAAACCAGCUGCCGUCACGGAGACUAGACAGAACCUUCGAGACGUGCGACCCGGCGUAGAACUCUGUCGGGACGCUCCAUUCUACAGGCAAGUUGGCGUUUUUCAGUAG